AUGUUCUAUCAGCGGUUCUGCCAGCGAUUCUCACAUUCAAUUCGACAAGAUGUUGCAACAAAUCCGAAGGAGCUGCUGCAGUUUCUCAAGCUCAACCGCGGAUUGUUUUUCAUUAGGAGUAACAAGGUGACGUUGGUGAAAAAUCGUCCAUCGGAGGAUGGCAGUGAGAAUGGCUCGGACGAAGGUGAUCUAGAAAGCAACAACAACAGCGUGUUCCCGCUGGACCAAAACGCUCUGGCACGGAUUCACUUUGUGAAAGCAUUGAAACCCGCUCAGGAGCUCGUGGAGCGACUUCUACAGGACAUCCACAACCAAGAACGCAAAGUAGUUGGACUCGACUUCAAAACGGUCACUGUGGGCAUCGAUGGCGAGCUCUUCCUCUCCCUAUGUGUGGUUGCCACUCAGUCACAGAUUGGUGUGUUCGAUCUUGCCUCAAGUGAUGUCAUCAUUAUGGAAAGCGGUCUAAGGGACAUACUUGAGAGCGACAAGAUCACCAAGGUGAUUCACGACGCCAGACGUGUCGGAUCUCUGUUAGCACACAAGUACGCUGUACAUAUGGUUAACGUUUUUGAUACCCAAGUUGCGCAUUCCGUUCUGCAGCACGAAAAGUUCGGCAAGCCGCUUCAUGAUCUUCGUUCCAUAUCCUUUGUUAAUCUUCAGCGCGUAUACUAUCCACAAUCAAUUAUGCUUAGUGACGUGACCCCACGGAAGCUCAGUCAGUCACCUAAGUAA